AUGGUUCAGUUAGCAAACUACAUCAUCAGUCAAGUACUAGUGGAUUUCGAUUAUCGAAACCAUAGAGGAUAUACUCCGCUGGACAUCCUUGAACAAGCUGGAAGCACUUCAGAAAUUGAGCGCCUUAAAGAAAUGUUAAAGAAAGAUGCAUACAAGAUGAACAUUGAACAGUCAUCUGUUAAAACAGGAGUCAAAGAAAUCAAUUGCCAGCAAUUUCCUCUUGAAAGCCCUCGAGAUACACUUGAACGAGUAUUCAAAAUGAUUCUUGAAGCUGGGAGUUCUGCACACAACUGUGAGUUGCCCACAUUGAGCACAGGACCAAAUUCAAUAUCGGUGGAUUCUCACCGGAAAGCUGUGCAAAAAUCUGUAGUUCUGGCAGAAAACCCAUCUGAACCAAUGCCCUCAUCAAAGGAAACUAUGGGUCCCAAUGCCAAUUCAGAUCAAAUAAAGCAGCAGAGCCAAAAAUACAGGCAGGAAGGCAUUGUAAUUUACAGAAGUCCCAAGGAACAACAUGAGAUAUACAAAGAGGCACUACAGAAUGCCAGGAACACUAUCACAGUAGUUGCCAUUUUGAUUGCCACUGUUACUUUCAGUGCAGGAAUAAACCCGCCUGGUGGUGUGUACCAGGAAGGAACCCUGAAAGGACGGUCAACAGUGGGCAGAACAACAGCUUUCAAGAUAUUUGCAGUGAGCAACCACAUUGCAUUGUUCAUAUCUCUCUGCAUCGUCAUCAUUUUAGUCAGCAUAAUCCCCUUCCAAAGAAAAACACUGAUGAGGCUGCUAAUAAUUUCUCAUAAGGUUAUGUGGCUGGCAGUUUCAUUCAUGGCAACAGCUUAUGUUGCAGCUGCAUGGGUGAUCACACAUCAUAGUCAUGGGACGGUAUGGACACUUGAGAUUCUAUUGUCUGUCAGUGCAGGGAGUGUGGGAUUUGUUUUUGUUUAUGUGGGGGUUAUGUUGGUUCAGCACCAGUUGAGGAAGAUGAAGCGUCGGAAAAAUCGGAAUGGAAAAUUAGCAAAGGCUAUUUCUGACAUCGGAGACAAAAGUCAGUCACAAUCUAGCAACUCUGAUGUAUACAACUCUGAUGUAUACAGUGCGCAGUCUCAAGGAUGUCAUGCAUACUGA